AUGUCGUCAAGUGUUUGCGGAUCAUUUUGCAAAUCGAGUGGGUGUAAAACCAAGAUCCAUUAUGAUAUAGCAAGUUACGUUUGGACAAUUGAAGAUUUCCAUUUUCACGAAGCCAAAGGAGAACGAUUAGUAUCACCUAUGUUUUCAUCUGCCACAAAUAAUCAAGUAAAAUGGUAUUUAUCAGUUUUACCUAAUGGCAAAAUCGAUGCGAAGGAUUUUGUUAGUCUGUACAUUUACAUGAGUGAGCAUAGCAGCUUAGAAAAGGGCAAAGAAGUAUUCACGGAGCCCACUUUUUAUAUUUUGAAUAGUAAAGGUAAAGAAGAAUUCCAUCUAGCCAUGUCCAUUAAGAAAUUCGUACAUUCGACCCAUUGGGGUUUCAAUGAAUUCAUCAAAAAAGAUGCAAAAUUUAGAAACAAUAUGCUGUCGAACAAAGCACUGACGAUUCGCUGUGAAAUUAAAUUUUCUGAUAUGAACGAUAUUGCUGAAGAAUGCAAUCAAUGUGACUGUAAAAUUGGAGUGCCUGAAUGUAACCUCUCCGAAAACUUGGAAACAUUAUUUAAAAAUCAGGAGUUCACCGACGUUGUACUUUCCGUAAAUGGCAAAGAUUUUCCUGCCCACAAGAAUAUAUUAGCUGCUCGUAGUCCCGUUUUUCGCGCAAUGUUCACUCACAGCACGAAAGAAAAAGAGUUAAAUCGUGUGGAUAUCGAAGAUAUUAGCGAGCAAGUUGUUGAUGAAAUGUUGAAAUACAUUUAUACUGGAAAAUGCCUGAAUUUAAAGAAGUUCGCAGAAGGAUUACUGGCAGCAGCCAAUAAAUACGAUUUGUAUCAGUUGAAAACGAUGUGUGUCAAGACACUGUUCGAAGGAUUGUCCGUUGAAAAUGCAACCAGUGUUUUGACAUUGGCAGAUAUGUACGGGGUCAAGGAACUCAAAAAUAAAGUGAUCAAAUUUAUUGUUUCGAAUCCUACCGAAGUGAUGGGUACGGAAGGCUGGAAAAAUAUUCGAUCGAAUUUUGAGUUGGCCGAUGAAGUGUGCUUAGCUAUAGCCAAACAAUUAAAGCAACAUGGGAAAAACGAUUUUAUAAAAUUCUAUUUAAAAAAAUGGAAUUAUUUUCAAACAACUGUAUAA